AUGGAUGAACCGACUAAAAACCCUCCCAAAAGGAAAAACAAUUAUUUAAAAAACAAAGAAAGGAUAGAAAAGCUGAAGUUUGAAAGAAAUAAAAGAAGGAAAGAAGACGACGAAAAAAAUGAAAAGGGGGGAGACGAAAAGAAUGAAAAGGGGGGAGACGAAAAAAAUAAUAAAUUUAAAAAAUAUGGUUUAUGUGUUGGAUAUAUAGGAAGUAGAUAUCAUGGGUGUCAAGGGCAAGGAAAAGAAUACAUGACAAUUGAAAAUGAAAUUGAAAGAACAUUAACAAAAAUAAAUGCAGUGAAAAAAACAUCAAAGGGUUUUAAUUAUUGUCUAUCUAGAUCAGCUCGAACAGAUUUAGGGGUACAUGCUUUAUACAAUCUUUUUGUAUAUAAUAUUAACAUUGAUAUUUGUGAAAAUGAUAAUAAUAAAUCCGAAAAGGAUUUUACAAAUAGUGAAAUAAAAUCACCAAAAUGUAAUGAUGAUAAAAAAGAAAAUUCAGAUACACAAAAUGUUGAUGUUAAUGUUGAUGUUAAUGUUGAUGUUAAUGAAAAUACUAAUACAGUAAAUACCACUAAUAAAGAUAUAAAAAAUGAUACAUUUGAAGAAAGGAAAAAAAAAGAAAAAAAAUUUAUAAAAUUAUUAAAUUCAAACUUACCAAGUGAUAUAAAAUGUUUUGAUAUAUAUAAAGUUACAAAAAGCUUUGAUGCAAGGAAAUUUUGCUCCUUUAGAUUAUAUGAGUAUCUAUUUCCAACAUAUGUUUUGAGUCCUGUACAAAUUGUUCCAAAAUAUGAACAACUUUUUCAAGAAUCCGUAAAAUACAUUGAUGACUAUGUUGAAAAUGAUAAGGAAGAGAAAAAAAAAAAAAAAAUCGCAAAGGGGAAAAAAAAUGGAGAGAAUGAAGGGGGUGGCGAAAAAAAUGGCGGAGAAAAUGACGAAAAAAAUGAAGAGAAUGAAGAGAAAAGGCCCAAUGGGAAAGCAUGGGGGGUAGAAAAAGAAGACAUAUUCACAAUAAAAGAAGAAAAAAACGAUUUAACAGAUGAUGAAUUAAAUAGUUUAUUUGAAAUUUUUAGCAAUUAUAGAGGAUAUCAUAAUUUUCAUUGUUUUACAAAAAAUAAUAUAGAUACAACAACAUAUAGAUAUAUAAAAUAUUUUGAUAUCAGUACUGUCAAAUUAUAUGAUCAUAAUUUUAUAUCUAUAAGAAUAUUAGGUCAAUCAUUUUUAAUGCAUCAAAUUAGAAAAAUGAUAACCUUAACUGUUGAAAUAUUUCGUAAUGCUACUUCAAAAAAUUCUAUUUAUUAUUCUUUAAAUACAAAAAAUUAUAUUCCUAUAUUAUUAUUCCCACCUGAUGGCCUAAUGCUUAUAUGUCCUUACUUUAAUUCAUACAAUGAAAAAGUUUGUAACCCUCCUGAUACUCCUCAAAUAUGUUUUAAUGAAAAUGAAGAAAUUCUGAAAUUUAAAUCAGAACAAAUAGGAAAAUCUAUCAUAGAAAAAAUUAAUCAAAAUGUGUGGAAAGACUGGAUACUUAAGAUUAAUAAGUAUCCGUUUAUUUAUCAUUUUAUGAAAAACAAAAUUGAAGAAGAGAAUAUCUGA